AUGUCUUUUACUCCUUCAACACUCUACUACGCCUCCGCAGCCAUAAACCUCCUCACCAUCCCCAAACACUUCCUCGUCGGCCAACAGCACGUCUCCAAAGCCAUCGACGCAAUCCCCUCAACGCCCCAACAUGCGCGUGGCAAAUCUAUAGCCUUCACGACGUGGGAGUAUGCAAUGGGCGCGCUGUUUGUUACUGCCACGCUGAACUACAAAUGGGGGAAGACCGGUGGGCCAAGGAGCUUCGAGGAUAAAGUGGCGCUCUGGGCGAUUACGGCGACGGGGACAGUAGUGGGCUGGACGUAUUAUCAGGUGGGAAUUGUGCUGAGUAGAAGGAUGAAGAUGGGAAACAUCAAGCCCUCGCACUGUUAG